AGACCGGCAUUAACUGUAAAAGUUUUGUCACAUUUGAGAGCAUUAAAAUGGCUUCUCUCCAGUGUGAAUCCUCUGGUGUGUGAUAAGAUUGACUUCUGUGUAAAAGCUUUAUCACAUUCAGAACACUGAUAUGGCUUCUCUCCAGUGUGAAUCCUCUGGUGUGUGAUAAGAUUGACUUCUGUGUAAAAGCUUUAUCACAUUCAGAACACUGAUAUGGCUUCUCUCCAGUUGUGAAUCCUCUGGUGUGUGAUAAGAUGUGACUUCUGUGUAAAAGCUUUAUCACAUUCAGAACACUGAUAUGGCU